CUAUCAUCCUCACGGCGACCGGCCCUGAAAUCCCGGUAUUUCCUCCGCCGCCGCGCAAUUACGGAGCUUCGCCAAUGUCUUCUUCCUCUGCCGUGACCUUGGUCCCAAGACGGCGUAAGGAAGAGGCAUCUUUGCUCUCAUCGCCGCCCCAAAUCUCUAAUUCCACCCAAAAUCCCGUCGUUCCCCUCCCAGAAGCAACAAUCGUCGCCGGAUCUGACCAAGAAAAGAGAACAGGAGAGUUCGAAGACCGAUCCCUAUCGUUCGAGAUCGGUGGUUCCAAUCCUGAUGUUCUCGAAGGCCUCGAAGAAGCCAUGCGGAGGUUGUGGGAGCUGAGGAUUAGUGAGCAAGAAUCGAAGCUGUCGGAGGAAGAUAUAAUACUUAAUGACCAGAUGCAAGAGGAUGAGGUGUUGGCUCUGGAAGCAAUAUAUGGGGACAAUGUUAUUAUCUUAGAUAGAAAAGAUGGUUUAAGAUGCUUCCAGAUCCAUGUACUUUAUGAACUUCCCAAUGACAUCAAAGUGUCUAUGGAGCUCCAUUCUUCUACCACAAAGGUAAACUAUGGAUCACGAAGUCUAACUGGGAGGACUGAGAACAAUGAUUCUCCUGAAUUUGUGUACACUUACAAUGUCCAAUAUUUGCCACCUCUGCUGUUGACUUGUUUAUUACCUAAAUCAUAUCCUAGCCAUCAUCCUCCCUACUUCACCAUCAUGGUUGAUUGGUUGGACUCCCAGAAAAUUGCAAAUCUUUGUCAGAAGAUGGAUGCCAUAUGGAUGGAGCAACCAGGGCAAGAAAUUAUGUAUCAGUGGGUAGAUUGGUUGCAAAACUGUUCUCUUUCGUACCUUGGGUUUGAUGAUGGUAUUGUGUUAGGUCAAUGUAAUAUGCCAGAUUCUAAAGAUAAACGUGCCAUUUCUGGAAAUGUCCGACCUGAGUUGAUAAUUUCUUCUAUGAUUGGCUAUGAUAAGAAGAAAUGCAAUCAAUCUUUUCUUAGCAAUCUUCAUCAAUGCGUUAUCUGCUUUAAUGAGUGUGCAGGUACAAGUUUUAUCAAACUUCCUUGUCAACAUUUCUUUUGCUGCAAGUGCAUGGAAACUUAUUGCAGCAUGCAUGUGAAGGAGGGUACUGUAACCAAGAUGCUGUGUCCUGAUGCAAAAUGUGGAGGUAUUUUUCCUCCAGGUUUGUUGAAACAAUUGCUUGGAACUGAAGCCUAUGAACGUUGGGAAUCAUUGAUGUUGCAGAAGACAUUGGACUCUAUGACAGAUGUAGUCUAUUGUCCUCGAUGUGAGACUGCAUGCUUGGAAGAUGAGGAGCAUGAUGCUCAGUGUUCAAAAUGUUUCUUCAGCUUUUGCUCUCUUUGCAGAGAACGGCGUCAUGUUGGAGUGGAAUGCAUGACACCAGAAGCAAAGCUACAAAUUCUACAGGCACGCCAGAACUCAUCCCAUCUUACAGGAAGCCAAUUACAGAAGGAGCGUGAGAUGAUAAAUGAGAUCCUCAGUGUUAGGGAAGCCCUUCGUGAUGCUAAACAAUGCCCAACUUGCAAGAUGGCAAUCUCUAAGACCGAAGGAUGCAAUAAGAUGGUGUGCCAGAACUGUGGGCAAUAUUUCUGCUACCGCUGUAACAAGGCAAUUGACGGCUAUGACCAUUUCAGAGGAGCAUGUGAAUUGUUUCCGCAAGAGGAGAUUGAACGAUGGGAGAUGCAUAUGAACGUGAGGCAGGUGGUGGGUCAGAUACAAGCUGAACUAUUGGUAAAUCAAAACGGUCAUCCGUGUCCAACAUGUCGUCAAGCUAAUGCAAAGGUGGGUAAUAACAAUCACAUCUUCUGCUGGGCUUGCCAAAAUCAUUUCUGCGCUUUGUGCCGAAAACCUGUGAAGAGAAGUGCUGAGCAUUUCGGACCCAAAGGUUGCAAACAACACACUGCAGAUCCUUGACGCCAGUGCAAUUGUUAAAGGAAUCUAAUCCAUACAAUGCAAUUUCACCCAGCCAAAUAAUUGAGAGAGGGCACUGAGUAUACCAGAUGAAGGGAAUUGAGACGGAAAACAAUCUACUGUGUGCAAUGUAAAUUUAGUGUAUCGGAGUGUUUUGUUUAUUGUUAUAUUGUAAUUGGAUUUCAGAAUAAUAAAAAGAUAGUGGAAUCAGUGUGUGGAAUUCGUUGA